GAGGCUCAGAGAUAUUCUACACCUUUAUGUAUUUAUUUUUCUUUCAGUGGAACCGUCGUCACCGUCCAGAACCAGCUUUUGCUACAAUUACAGAUGCAUAUAUUUUGAGGUUCCUCUGCACCAGAUAUGGAUGACUCGAGCAACAUAACGUUUGACUAUGACAAUGACUAUGAGGAUGAAGUUUGUGAAAAACGUGAAGUGGUCAAAUUUGGGUCCAUCGCCAUUCCUAUUUUCUUCUCUAUUGUCUUCUCUCUGAGUCUAACUGGAAACAUCCUGGUCCUCAUCAUCCUGGCUUUGUAUGAAAACCUGAAAUCUCUGACCAACAUCUUCAUCUUCAACCUGGCCAUCUCUGACCUCGUCUUCACUAUCGGCCUCCCCUUCUGGGCCAUCUACCACAUCUGGGGAUGGGUGUUUUCAGAGUAUGUGUGCAAGAUUGUGAAGUUUGUCUUUUUUACUGGGUUUUAUAGUAGCGUUCUUUUCCUGACCGUCAUGACCAUUUAUAGGUAUUUGGUUGUGGUCUAUCCUCUCUCUGGCAUAACUACUAUGAAAUUUUGGACUGGGUUUUUCCUGUCUGUCCUCACAUGGAUCAUUAGUAUUGGAGCAGCUAUGCCAUCCCUGCUCCAGACAGCCAUUGUCAAAAUCCAUCACGAAGAAUCAGACUCCUUGGGCUGUGAAUAUAAGACCGUCGAAUGGAAAAUCAUUGGGAUGUCUCAGCAGAAUGUCUUCUUCUUGGCUGCGUUUGCAGUGAUGGCUUUCUGCUACAUUCAGAUAUUAAGGAGAAUCACAAGAACAAGGUCCCACACUAAGAACAGAGCUGUGAAGUUAGUUUUCUGCAUCGUGGCUGUCUUUUUUGUGGGCUGGGUGCCCUACAACCUGGUCAUCUUUUUGAGAGCCUUAUCACACAAAGCACAUUACCCUUUUAAUGACUGUACAGUGAGCAUUCAGCUUGACUAUGCUUUCCAAGUGUGUCGGUUCAUUGCUUUCUCUCACUGCUGCUUGAACCCUGUCUUUUAUGCAUUUGUUGGUGUGAAGUUCAGGAACCAUUUGAAGUCACUGCUGCAUCGAAUGUUUAGGCGCCCCAGUCCAGUGAAAGAUCAAGAUGCCAACAGGCUGAAUCUCGCUUCACGAGGAUCAAUGUACUAGAUGCAAAUAUAAAUUUUCCUAUUUUUAUGCCUCAACGUUUAUUAUUUGCUGAUACAUGGUUGUGUAAAAAUUAAUGGAGUUACUAUAUAUGAGACAUUUUUAAACAUGCUGCUAUAGCUACAAAGUUAGAUAUUUGUACUCACUAUUUAUACACAGUGUGAGGCAACAAGAGAACAUUGUAUGAUUUGUUGUAGUAUAAGGAAUAGAGGCAAUCUGGUGUCAGCCAUCUUUCAUUAACUCCCUUAGGGGUUUAGAUUAGGCCAGUUUGUUGACUAAAUGUACAGUAGGACAGUAAUAUUUCAUUAUUUGAUAGAUAAGAGCCCUGAUGAAAAAUAAAACCAGCAACUCUAUAAGGCCUGCCAGCAGAGGGAAGCAUGACUAAAACCCAAAAAACACCUUGAAUCUUUUGACUGUUAACUCUUCA